UUUAUUAGAAACAAAAAUUUUAUAUUUUACUUUUAAAGUUUUUAAAUAAUUAAUGCUUUAACUAACAUUCACGGAGAUCGUUAAGUAAAAAUUUGAUACCCACCUAAAUUAAAAAGCACUUUCAAUGACGUUUGAUUUAGAUUUCUAUCUCUCUUGGUUACAGCAGUUCUGAAUGCUGCUAUCUCGUAAUUAUUUUGACAUUAUAAAUCUUCUUAAAUUAAUAGAUUUUUUCUUAGCUAUAUGUCAAAAGUUGAGGUUAUAAGAUCCCGGAGAAAAUUAAAAAUACAGGAUUAAUUUUAGACCAAGAUGAGUUAAACUUAUCGUCAAACCACAAUUUACAGCAAUGGCGUUACUCGGUGCUCAGUUGGUUAUUACCCUAAUAAUGGUAUCAGUGAUACAAAAGCUUGGGAAUUACUCGUUUGCAAGGUGGUUACUAUGUUCCCAAGGGUUAUACCGGUAUUUAUACCCAGAUAAUAGUGAAUUAAAAACUUUGGCUGGUGUCCCAAAAGAUAAGCCUAAAGGGAAGAAAAGUGCGAAGACUGAAUCAAAUGGUAAACCAGAGACGUUCCAUAUACCUCGAAGUCUUGAUAUACAGUUGGAGACGGCCCCUGUCACUCCGUUAGAUGUGGUACAUUUGAGGUUUUAUACAGAAUACAUAUGGAUAGUGGAUUUUUCACUGUACACUGCUUUUGUUUACAUUAUGUCUGAGAUUUACACAGCCAUAUUCCCUCUAAAAGAUGAAUUCAAUUUGAGUAUGGUGUGGUGUUUACUGGUGGUAUUGUUUUCAUUUAAAAUUCUGCUCUCUCUGACAAAACUGUACUUCACUAGUGAGGAGUCGAUAGGUGAACGGUCGACCUGCAUCGUAGCAUUUUGCGUGUUCCUCCUCAUAGCUAUGAUGGUUCUGAUUGUGGAUGAGACAAACUUGGAAGUUGGUGUGGACCCGGCUUAUGACAGCUUCUAUGAAAACGCGUCGAAAUUCCUGGAAAACCAAGGAUUGACUUCUGUUGGUCCAGCAUCAAAGCUGAUCAUCAAGUUAUCUCUAGCAGUCUGGGCGGCCAUCAUCGGCACACUGUUCACCUUCCCUGGCCUGAGGGUGGCUAGGAUGCAUUGGGAUUCAUUGAGGUACUGCAGCGAUAACAAAGUGAAAUAUCUGCUGCUCAAUGUAAACUUUGCGAUGCCGUUCGUGCUAGCGUUGCUGUGGGUGCGGCCGGUCGCGCGACACUACCUCGCUGUGAGGAUCUUCAGCGGGAUGACUAAACCUCUUAUGACUUCUGAGGCAUUCGACACUCUUCGCCUGGUGCUGGUGGUGGGCAGCGUGGUGGCACGGGUGGCGCUGAUGCCGCAACAGCUGCAGGCCUACUUGGACAUGGCGCAGAGACGGCUGGAUGUGCAGAAGAAGGAAGCAGGCAGGAUCACUAAUAUCGACUUGCAGAAAAAGGUAGCGUCAGUAUUCUACUACCUGUGCGUGGUAGCGUUACAGUACGUGUGUCCCGUCAUCAUGUGCCUUUACCUCGCACUUAUGUACAAGACGCUAGGGGGGUACUCCUGGUCCGCCCUCUUUACUGAAGGGGGGGAGGUUGCGAGUGAAGACAAGGCUACAGUUACUAUGGAGGGGAUGGAGCAGUUCCAAAUGGCUUGGGAGAAUUUGAAAAUGGUGUUCACGGAAGACGUGCACCGCGGCGUGUUCGGCUUUGCGACGUGGUGGUGCUGCUUCUCCUGGUUCUUGACCACCGCGCUCGGCUCCAUGUACCAGUCCUACUUCCGCAUCUCGUGAUCUGAUCUAACGCUCGUUAAAAGUCUUAGGCUAAAGCCCUUGUCGGCUAUUGUUCGCGACAGGUCGAGAUGGCAAUUUUCUAGUGAGGUGAUAUCACAUAACUGGUAAUCGAUACUGAUAUUUUUUUUGGUAUGCAACAUGAUGAAAAGUACAUAAUAUUUUAUUCAUCAAAAUCGAAAUCCUUAGGUAUAUUAACAUCGCU